AUGACCGUUUCUGAAGGUAUGACGCCGUCUAAAAGCGAGCUCUCGGGAGAUGGUUCGAAUUCGCAUCCCAUUGAGAGCAAGAAAGAUAUUGUAUCGGUAAUCUCGACAGAGACAAAGCCAUUUUCAGCUUAUAUCUUUGCGUGCUUAUGCUGCUUCAUGGUUGCAUUCGGUGGCUUUAUUUUUGGAUGGGAUACCGGUACGAUUUCUGGCUUCGUCAAACAAACAGAUUUCAUAGCGCGUUUUGGCCAGCUGAGCCCGAGUGGAGAGUAUGAACUCAGUGAUGACAGGACUGGAUUGAUUGUCUCGAUCUUUAACAUUGGUUGUGCUGUUGGUGGUAUAUUCUUAUCCAAGAUUGGUGAUGCCUAUGGGCGUAAAAUCGGUCUUGCGACUGUGACGGCAGUUUAUGUCAUCGGGAUAGUUAUCCAAAUCAGCGCAAGUGACAAGUGGUACCAAUAUUUCGUUGGUAGAAUCAUUUCAGGUUUAGGUGUGGGUGGUAUUGCCGUUCUUUCGCCCAUGUUGAUCUCUGAGACCUCCCCAAAGCACUUGAGAGGCUCUCUUGUGUCAUGUUACCAACUUAUGAUUACCGCGGGUAUCUUUCUCGGAUACUGCACGAAUUAUGGAACAAAAACCAAUUACACUGACUCCAGACAAUGGAGAAUUCCAUUGGGGUUGGGUUUUGCCUGGGCUCUCCUAAUGAUUGGAGGCAUGGCCUUCGUUCCGGAGUCCCCACGUUACUUGGUGGAGGCCGAAAACCUACCCAAGGCCCGGAUGUCUAUUGCGAGGGCCAACAAGGUUGCAGAAGACCACCCUAUCGUCGAGCAUGAGCUAAAUACUUUGCAGACUGCAAUCGAGCUUGAAAAGCUAGCGGGUAAGGCUCGGAUCGUUGACCUGUUUAACGUUAAAAAGAAGAUUUUCCAACGGUUGAUUAUUGGUAUUUUUAUCCAGUCUUUGCAGCAACUUAUUGGUAACAACUAUUUCUUCUACUACGGGACCACCAUAUUUAACGCUGUCGGAAUGGACGAUCCGUUCGUCACGUCGAUUGUGCUGGGUAUCGUGAACUUUGGCUCAACCUUUUUCUCUCUGUACACCGUUGACAAAUUUGGCAGAAGAAAGUGUUUGAUAUGGGGCGCCUUUGCCAUGGCUAUUUGUAUGGCAAUUUUUGCUUCCGUUGGCGUCACGAAGUUGUGGCCAAAUGGCGAGGAUCAACCAUCCUCCAAGCCAGCAGGUAACGUUAUGAUUGUCUUCACCUGCAUUUACAUCUUCUUCUUCGCCACCACCUGGGCUCCGAUUGCCUAUGUUAUCAUUUCCGAGAUAUACCCACUUAGAGUGAAGGCUAGAGCUAUGGCGCUUGCAACAGCUGCAAACUGGAUAUGGGGUUUCUUGAUUGCCUUCUUUACCCCACGAAUCACCAGUGCCAUCAAGUUUUGCUACGGCUACGUCUUUAUGGGCUGUCUGAUCUUCGCUUUCUUCUACAUCUUCUUCUUCGUCCCAGAAACGAAGGGCCUGACAUUGGAGGAUGUCGACGAGAUGUGGCAAGAGGGUGUGGUGCCGUGGGGGUCCGAGAGCUGGCUACCUCGUAGCGACAGGGAAGUUGCCCACGACGCCUAA